AUGGCCAUCCUUUGGGCGUAUGAUGCUAUUGAAAGCUUUGUGAACUUAUUCAGAAAGUAUAAAGCUCACUGAAGCAGCAAAAGCCUUCAAGAUUCGUAAUUGUUGGGCAUUCUUUUCUUGACCUUCAGCUACACAAAUCUUUGAGAGCUCGACCUUCCAUUAUUCCUUCCUUGAUUGUUAAGCCACUGCAAAGCCGACAAGAAGACACAUCGCGAGCAAUUGUUUUGCAAAAUCCUCCUCGAGAAGGCUUCAAUGCUUCUCAUCCUUGACCUUCACUGAAAUCCAAGAUUGAAGCAGUUGCAGAGUUGAAGAAAGUGUUUUAUUUUUUGGAGGAAAAUGAAUGGACUUGGUGAUCAAAAACCCAAGAUUUGGAUUGAGAAUUCUGCAACUGGAUCAGGAACAAGUGACAAGAAUGCUGCUCCAUUCAGGAACUAUGGAUCAUCCAUGAAUUCUCUGUCCUUUGGAUUUCUUGCCACUGCAAUCUUGAUUUCGAUGUUCCUCAUCAUGGCAAUCUUUGAGCACCUGUUCAGAUCAAGGGCCUCCCACACGUCAUCUCCCCUCGACGAUGCCAUCAGAGCGCGACAAGAGGCGGAUCAGACUCAGGCAAAGAAGAACAAGAAUUCACAGAGUGAAACAAGUAGCAUUGCAGUGGAUUUCUCAGUGCUGAUGCCAGGGCAGCUAUAUCCAACAUACCUUGCUCAACCAGCUCCUCUGCCAUGCCCAAGGGAAGGAGUCCCUUGGCCUUCUCAUCAUCAGCCUUCCUUUGAUUUUCCUUAGCUUUCUCUUCAUCACGUGUCUGUAUGUAUCAGAAGAGCACUGCAUCAACAAUGUACUGGUUCCUUCUACAUCAACAAAGCUACAGCUUUUGAUUCA